CCAAAAUGGCGCCGCCCGCCUCUUAUGCCUGCGGUGCUCUGAUGGUGGGCGCGCUCGCCUCCCUGCUGCUUGCGGGGCGCGGGGCCUGAGGGGCGGUAAGGGAGCGGGCCGGGACACUUCAUUUUAUCGCCCCUUAAUCAGCGUUUUGCUUCAGCCCGAUUUUCUCCUCCGUAGCGAGAGGGGGAAAGCUUGUAGCCGUUGCUCCCACUGCUCGUAGGAAGAAAGGUUAUCGGUUGUGACCUGCUCCUCUGCUUCACGGGUUUUGAGUAAACAGCAACAGCUUGUAAAGAAGUGAGCUGAGAUUGACCAACCGUGAAGGAAGGAGAGGAUCCUGAAGCAACGACAAGCUCUUUGCAUCUGGCACCUGUCCCAGAGGACUGCUCCCAUACCAGUUCUGUUCCUAGUGGGACCAUGGACGGAGAGGAGACAUCACCAAGUCAUCACUCAGAAGAGAGCAGCAUAUUGGAUCUCCCCUCUGUCUGUGACCUAGCAGAGGGCUUUCUGUCUCCACACAGCACUGAGAACAGUGAGGAACUUUUUAAUUUUGUGGAUACUUUUCCCUCUCCACUCACAGGAGACAGCAAUCUACCCUCUACAGUUCCUGCAGACUUUUCUGCUGGAGGCUCUGAGAAAGCAAAUGUGAGAUGUUAUCCAGAAGCCAGGAUGUGUGAGCACACUGAACCUAAUGAUGCUGCUCUCUCAAGUAUGCAUGAACACAAUAGUAUGGAAGAUGCAAGCAUCAGGAAAUCUCUCGAUAGCUUUUACAAAACAUACUGCAAGAAACAGCCAGACAGCAUGGAUCCCACCUAUGAGGCUGCAUCACAACGUCUUUUGAAGAAGAUUUCAGAGCUAGCAGACCGGGAUGGUACCAAAUAUGCAUUGCGUUGCCUGCAGAUGGCCCAGCUGGUCUUGAACAGAGACGGAUGUGAGAUCUUUCCAAACCAUCCCACUACUGCAUGUUUUUCCAAGCCUGCUGAGGGAGAAGUCAUGGUAGAGGACAGAAAGAGAACACCUGGGCUAUCAGAUGACGUCCUGCAAUUCCUCUUCAAACAAGCACAGAUAGAAUGUAGCCCUGAUGUGCUGCAUGAGAAGUGAUCAAAAUGCUGGAUUGUUUAUGUCAUCAGUGACUUUCUUGGAAAGAUACUGUCGCUCUUAGUGCCACCUUUGACAGCCCACAUUCAAUGGAAGAGGGUUCAUAAGGAGCAGAUCUUGCCCACCUGGUUUCUGCAGGGUAGCACCAACUAAAAAGCAUCUGCAGUCCAAAUUCAGCCCCUGCAUAGGCAUAGAAGUAUGUCCAUGCGCUGUUGAAUAUACCAGACAAUUGAACAAGCUCAGCAUGGUAUGCCCCAGACUUAAGGAAGUAAAUUAAAAUUUUGUUCUGUACCUGACUGAUACUGUACAGCUUUUGUCUCCAAGAUGGUAGCUGAAAGUUGGUGUGCCUACCAACAGACAUAUGAUCCCACAGGUUAUUAUUACAGCAUGGGUGAGUUUCUUCAACAGAAAAAACAUGCAUACGUGAAUCAAAGGAACUACAGCUUCUGAACAGGUUAUUUUUUUU